UUGAUCCAGCAAGAUCGCUGCGCAAGCGUAUCCGAUCAUUAGAAGCGCGCUUUUCUCGGAGUGACGACACAAUGUAUUGAGAUAUCUCGGCGCGUCGAAGAUAAAGAGAAGAGUGGGGGUAGUUCUCCUUUGCUGGGACCGUGCGUAUCCCCCACUCCUCGGGUCGUAGCUUUACCCCCACCACUAGCCGGCCGAUUAACGGGCGUCGCCGGCAAGCAGCGACGAAGUGCCAGAGGCGGCAGUCCGCGUUUGCGGGGCCUUACGAGAGGGGGUUUAUAGUACGUGUCUCUCUCGGUAGGACGUAUCACGUUACUAGAUCAAUAUUAAGCGCGCGAUUGUCUAUAAUCAUAAAGAUAUCGAUUAGAAUGUAUAUCGAUUGGCGAAGGGAAUAAUAAAAGCGAGUUUAAGAUACUUUUAGAAAGUCGUUUGAGAGGAUAAGUCACGUGUGCAGUAACGUAGUCGUCGUCGUAGACGAACGUAACGUUGUCUCCUCUCCUGUGUGUUGUUUACCAGAACGAUAAGCGUUCAUUGUUUGGAGGAGGAUACUCCGUAUCGUAAACGCAGACACCCUCUUCUCUCUCCUUACCCCCACUCCACCCCACACUUGGGUCGGAGUUAUCCGUUUCUCUGUUUCUCUUGAACGGCGAUACCAAGACGCGCGUUAUAGAUCAACACGUUUGUUUCCUCUAAUGUGUUCUCUCUAACGUUGUUGGUAAAAGGACGCCCUACGAAUCGAAUUACUUCGCUGUGUUUGUUAUUACGUUUGUAAUUUCUAUCGGUUCGUUUCGAUAUUGAAUCAAGAGGAAGAAAAAGUGAUCGAAAGGGAAAACUGUUGCCUUAGGGGGCAUAUCUUUAGCGAAGAGAUAAAAGAGUAGUAUCGUUAAUAGAAAAACUGGACGUUCGAAGUUUCUCUAUGUUGCCUUUGUAUGUUAGAGCAAGCAGCAGCAUUGGCUCUGAUCGAGAAGUCACCGAGAGUACUCUCACGUUCUUGGAACGUUUCUUCGUGGGGAAGAAAGAGGAAUAAAGAGAGAGAGAGAGAGAGAGAGAGAGAGAGAGAGAGAGAGAGAAGCGUGGGUCUUCGUUCAACAUCUUUCGACGUCUACGGCUGGUGCAAUAAGAGAAAAGCUUGUCCUGGAAAACAUCGAAGUGAGAUUACUCUCCUCCUACGAGAGAAUAGAUCGAACUGUCGGUAGGAAACAAGAAUACGUUCGAUUCUAAGAAAAUAGAGGAUCGAUACGUUUCCGUCCGUAAGUGGAGAAAGAAAUAAAGAAAGAAAUAAAGAAAGAAAGUGUGGAAAAAGAGAAAAAUCGUAAGGGUAAACGCGAGACGAGAAGAAAAGGGAUUCUAUAGAAAGAAAAAAAAAAAAAAAAAAAAAAAAAAUAUUUAUUUCUACGUACAGCCGGAGGCUAUCAAGACCCUUGGCUGAUCAAGAUAGGUCCUUAUCUACUCGAACGAUCCGAACGAAGUAAACGAUCGCUAGGUGAAUCUCGUGGGUGGAGAAACGCGAUGAGGGGGAGGAGUCGAGGUACUUGGUGAAUUACGUUUUAAACCACCCCCUCUAUCCCUCUACCCCGAACAGUCAGUCCAGCAGUCUCCUUGUUCCACCGGUGGAAAAACUUUUUCAAGUAAACAGUAAUUAUUGUAGGCGAGAGAAGGCGAUCGUGAUUAAUAAUCGGCAUUGGUUGAACAUCGAGAGAGAGAGAGAGAGAGAGAGAGAGAAACCUCGUGAGAAGAGAAUAGAAAGGGAAGGAAAUAAAAGAGAAAAGAGAAAAAAAUAGUAGCGUGGGCGUUCGUGCGUGUGACGGGUGAUGUGUACGUGUGCGUGUGUGUACAUGUGUACGUACACAUUUACAAUACAAGGACCACGUACUCGUUCGUCGUACCCUUGGUACAAAGAGUGUUAAAGAGAAAGAGAAAGAGAAAGAGUUGUACGAUCGUGCAAAUGAUCGUGCCCUUGCGAUCCUCUCGAUCGUCGAUCGUCUUAGUGGAUGUCAGAUCGCCUGGAUGCCAGUUUUGGAAGGUGGAAUAGCAAAGAAGCGUGGUGCCGAUAGGCUCGGUCGCAAAAUGCGGAUGAGACUUUGCACCGCAUCGAAGGAGUCCUAUACGCUGCUCUCCAAGAAACGGAGACAGCAGCUCGAACAGUCCGUAUAUUGCGAGUCCGAAUCUCGGAGGAGUGCUGUGGAAGAUGAAAGGCAAGACGUCCAUGGCACCAAUCAGGAUAAGAUAAAAGGGACAACAACGCAAGAUCUCUUCGAAUUGUUGGAGAGAGUUCAAAGUUCUCGAUUGGACGAUCAACGAUGCGUAUUGCCGCCAUAUUUCUCUCAGACAGCGAGAGACGAACGAGCAGCGGCAAGUCCCGGUGGUGCAGGUGGACAAAACAAUCACUCGUCUUCGUCUCCUUCGCCCUCUCCUGUCGGCGAUGCACCUCUUGGAAGAGCCCUUAUGGAAGCAGCUCUUCAACAGGCCACUUCCGGCUCGCAGGAGCCACCCUUAGUCGUGACACCACCUGGUUAUUGGUUGGAUGGAACCGAUCAUCGACAUACCUUGGACUCGGCAGGCAGAGCAUUGCUUCCUGCUCAGCCAGCCUGGCAGCCUAGGAUAGAUCAGGAUGACACGGCUAAGUGUUACAGACGUUUCUUCGUUGGCAGAGAACAUGUGAACCUGAUAGGAAGGGAUAGCGAGAAUGGGCCGGUCCUUGUCUCGGUGAAGGCCGAGACGGUCGCUGGACAAGAACACUGGCGAGUAUUGCUGAGAUUACGUGCUGGUUCAACGCAUGAGUUAGUUCCAGCAGCAUCACUUGGACCGAUUCCUUCACCAGCGAAAAUGGUCAAGGCGAUCAACGACUCCUUGAACGUAAAUACUUUGAUGCCAGUGGUAUGUUCAGGAGCUGGCACAUUGAUAGCUCAAUAUGACGAGCACGCACUCGUUUCGAGAUUCAAAUUCGGCGUACUUCAUCAACGCGCUGGGCAGGUGACCGAAGAACAGCUUUUCGGUAAUCGUCAGAUCACACCUGCUUUCCAAGAAUUUCUUGAUCUUUUGGGACAAAAGAUCGACUUGAAGGAUCACAAAGGAUAUCGAGGAGGGUUGGAUACUCGGCACGGUCAAACAGGAGAUUCCGCGGUUUACGAAGUAUUUCGUGGCCGUGAGGUUCUCUUCCAUGUGGCUUCGCUUUUACCGUAUAGUCCAGGUGAUUCGCAACAAUUACAACGCAAGAGACACAUUGGUAACGAUAUCGUAGCGAUUAUAUUCCAAGAGGAGCCUACACCUUUCAGUCCUGAUAUGAUCGCGAGUCACUUUUUGCACGCCUUUAUCGUCGUGCAAGUCGUCGAUCCAUGUACCCCUAACACAAGGUAUAAGGUGAGUAUAACAGCGAGAGACGACGUACCUUGGUUCGGUCCGGCCUUACCAACACCUGCUGUCUUCCUAAGAGGCGUCGAAUUUAAAGAAUUCCUUCUUACGAAAUUGGUGAACGCUGAAAACGCGGCUUACAAGGCUGAAAAGUUCUCGAAAUUAGAAUUGCGAACCAGAUCCGCUCUAUUGGAGUCCUUGACGGAAGGAUUACAAGCAAAGACAGCGGAGUUCUUAGGAGGUACCAUUGGUUUAGGAGGUAAUUUAGGAUUCGGUGGGAAUUGUCCUGUAAGUCCAACGGCAAGCGAUUCCUCAGCUUCCGGUGGCGGAGGUACUGGCUCAAGAUUCAUCGAUACGGUACGAAAGGCAUUGAUAUCUCGAGUGAGAAAUGCAUCGACCGAGAGCGUACCUCAACAACUCGCUAAAAAGGGUGCUCAUUCUGAACCAAGUCCACCGAGUAAUCGACAAUCCAAUGGAAAGAUAAGUGGGAAACGAUCCGUCGAACCGUCAAGUCCAUUGGGUUCGCCAGAUUUGACUCUACGAAGGGAUUCGGAAAGAGGUAGCCCUAGUUUGGGAAGUCAAGACAGUAGCUUGUCUAAUACGGACAAUCAGGAUAGCAGUUUGGCUACGUUGCAACAGGACGAGGUAGAUCGUAGAGAAUCUGGUACAGGAAUUAGUGCAAAUGAUUCCACGAGCACGGAAAAGGUCACCACGGUUUCCUCGGUUCAACGAUUAACUCAUGAAAACUUGAGAAGACAGGAACGAACGGAAAAGACCGAAAUAACGCAACGCGUUGUUUCCGAAAGCGACGAUAGCUCAUUGAACAGCGAGCUUGAACUCGACCAAGCUGUUUAUCCCGACAGCGACACAGGUCUUGAAUCUAUGAGUUCCGCGGAAACGCACGACACUACGAGGUGUAAUGCCAAAGACGGUGCUGCGGAAACCGAGACUUUGAGGAUGGAAGUUACUAGACUUAAGUGCGAUAAGCUGGACUUAUUGAGACAAAAUGUGACUUGUCAACGCGACAUUAAACGCCUUCGAGAGAAAGAGUUACAAUUGCAAUCUGACUUAGCGGCAGCAUCGAAAGAGAUUCUCCGAUUAAGGGCGAUGCUAAAAGAAUGUUCGACGAGCAUUCCUUUGGAUAACAACAAUCAACAGACGUCCACCGUUUGAAGAAUCGUCGAACGCAUUUUUUGAUUCGUUAUCGUUAACGGAGAUUACCGUUAAAGAUCGCUAUAUUUUAAUCGUCGAAUGGGGACCGACCAAUUCGUAAACUUCGUAGAUCUUCCACUCUUUCGAGAUCAUUUCUUUUAAAAGAAAAUCAUUUGAGAUGUCUCGUUGUUGGAUAUAUACAUAUACGUAUACAUAUACGUAUAUGUGUAUAUAUAUAUAAAUAUAUAAUGUGUGUGUGUGUAUGUACACGAAAAAACUUGCAAUCAAUGCUUUCUUCCUCGGUUCGCUUUUACGACUGGGUUUUCUUAGAUAGCGAUUGGUACAAAUUCGAUAAGUCAUAAGGGAUAUGUAAUUAGAAUGUAAAGUCAAAGACUACACGGUUCUCUCGAAGUCGAGCUCGUUAUUGGAACGUACAACAGUAUAGAUUCUGAUUGUUGAAGUACUUGUUUAACUUAUAUCCCAAAUAUUUAUCGAUUAAUUUAUUGAUAGAUAUAAGGUAAUCCCUUGUAGUCAAUAUAGUUGAUAAUUCAAUAGAUAUAAAUACCAACCGCGAUACAAACAUCUUGUCAUUAUAAUAUUAGUCACUUUUUAAAGUGAAAUGGCCUUUAGAUCUAGCAUUUGUGAUGCUAAAAAGAGCACGCAAAAAGUAACGCACCAAUGCAUAUGACCGUGUAUUAGUUAAGUGUAGGUCACUUAACUCUGAUUAUACUUCUCGCACACAUCAUACAUAGUAUACAUAUAUAUUUAUAAAUAUAUAUUUAUAUAUAUUUACAUAUAUAUAUAUUCAUAUAUAUAUUUAUUUAUAUAUAUAUAUAUUUAUAUAUAUAUAUAUAUAUACUAUUGUAAGUAGUAAUAAUACGAACAUCUAUUAAUAAAAUCUUUGAAGAUACGGAUUUGUUAAUUUACCGAUUAAGUCUAAUAACGAUGAUAUAUUUUAACAAAUUCGAAAAUCUUCAAAACUUAUGUGAACAUGUCACAGCAAAGUUUCUCGAUAAUACGUUGGAACAUUAGUGAAUAUAAAUGUCACGCGAGUUAAUACUUCAACAGAUAAUUUCAUCGUCUCUUAAAAUCGAUUUACAUAAUUUGACGAAUCUACUAAUCAUUUUUCUAAGUUGUCAUAAAUUAUUCCAUGAUAUACGUAUAUUUAAUCGGUCAUUGCGUUAAAAUAAUAUUAAAAGAAAAGCAACAUAUAUUGUUCAUGUUUUGUUAAUAUGAAAAAAAAAAAAAGAAAAAGAAAAAGAAGUUAAAUAUCACUUGCUGCUUUAUUUUGUGCUAUGUCUCCGUUAGUAGUUUUUAUUAUUAGUAUUAUAAUAUGAUUUUUAUAUAUAUAUAUAUAUAUAUAAAAAUAUUUUAUAUUAACAAUAACGUUUUAAUUGAUAUAGCUUGUGUAAAUAAUUGAUCGUCCAAGUAGAUGCAAAUAUUGACAGGAUUUAGAGAGAAAAAAAAAAAAGAAAAAAGGACAAAAACGUUCACUCACACACACGUAAAAUACCAAAGCUUAAUAUAGUUGAAGCCAUUUCUUUUCUUUCUCUACAUUCCUUUUCAUACAAUAUGCAUUGAGUUACAUAUAGAAUAUAAUAUGUAUCGUAUACCUUCGGCACUUGUGAAAUCUUUACUAUACUUAUCAUUCAAAUUUCUUCCUUCAGAGCACAUUAUAGGUGCAUAUAUAUAUAUAUAUAUAUAUACACACAUAUAUACAUAUAUAUACACGUAUAUAUAUGUAUGUAUAUAUAUAUAUAUACUACACAUAUAUAUUAUGAAUACUUUGCUAAAACACCAUGGAUAUCACUGCCUACACAGUAUCACUUUGCAAUUCCAUCUUUGUCAUUUGUAAAAGUAAUAUUAUCUUGUUAUCUUAUUAAUGUCGAUAAAAAUUGAUAAACUAUAAUUUAUUACAAAUCACCGAUUCGUAAUAUUUUUCAUUGUUUUUUUUUCUAACAAAUGAUUUGAAUCAAAAUGUCGUUUUUAAUAAUGUAUAUAAUGUAAAAAUUGCGUUUCGCGUUAUAUUUGUCGUUCGGUUCCGUAAACGAGUUUCGUCAUUCUUAUUUUUUUUCUUUCUUUUUUUUUUUUUUUAUUAUUUUUUCCUUUUUUUCAACAAAUUUUUAACUAACUACUAUCGUCUAGUGUGAUUCUUAUGCUGGCCUUGCAAAAUCAAAGAAAGACGAUUUAUAUUACAAAGAGGUACGCGUUACUACGUUUUGAGAGAAAAAGUGAGAAAGAAAGAGAAAAAGAGAGAGAACGAAAGGGAGAGAGAGAGAGAGAGAGAGAGAGAGUGAAAGCGUAACGAGUGCGCAUGCGCGAGAGAGAGAGAGAGAGAGAGAGAGCGAGAGAGAAUACUAUUGCUAUAAAUAUAUAUUUUGUAUUUAAAUAUUAAUUAUUCGAAUCUAACUAACUGAACUGCGGAUACUAAUUAUUCUCUGAUACUAAAAUAGGAAAAUAUAUAUAUAUUUCUUAUGACUGGUAAGAGUAUUCGCAUUCUGUAUUUUCUUGUUUUUCUUUUUUUUUUCUUUUUUAUUUUUUAAUUUUUAUUUUCAAUUCUUCUUUUUUUUUGUUUUCUAAUGCACAACUGUCGACUCGUAUAUCAACGAUAAAUGAUGUUCACCAAUAAAAAAUAAAAACGAUACAAAUAAAUUUUUCUUUUCUUCGAUAGAAGGUCCUUUUUUUAAUCUUUUUUUUUUUUUUUUUUUUUUUUUUUUUUUUUUAUAACGAUGUGUCAUUAAAAAGAUAAAAGAAUUAUUUAGGAAGAAUAAAUUUAGAAAAGGAAUAAGUUAUCGACGGAUAAACGUAAUUUAAAACGUUUAUUUAUACCGAUUGAUCUUACAACUCUACACUUUUUAAUAUUUCUUUACGCAAGUAGAAACGUUCAGUUUUUAUUACAAAAUAUUGUCUUUCUAAUGCUAUUAUAGUAAAAUAUAUAAACAAUGCUCGAUCAAAAUGUAAAGUUUAAUGUAUAAAUAAACAGUUUCAGAGAAACGAAUAUUGCAAAUUA